ACAAGAGACAAGGCGUCCGUCUCCAAGUGUUUCUUCCUUCUCUCUCUCUCUCUCUCUCUCUCUCUCUCUCUCUCUCUUCCCCUCUUCUUCUUGCUCAUGGCACCUACAACCCAAAUCCCAGCCUCAAAUGGGCAUGAGAACAAUGUAUCGCCCCACAGCAACGCCAACGGUAAAGCCAAGGUCGCAAAAUGCAAUCCUGGCCUACUGCCGAAUAGGCUCACUAUAAGGGGAGUGGUAGGGGGUUUGCUAACAUGCACCAACCAAGGGAAGAGGACUAUCCCCCUUGCCGUCGGCGACGCCUCGUCCUAUUCGCACCCCGCCGCUCGUCGCUCCAUAGCUGAUCACCUAUCAGUUGGAGUAGCGCACAAAUUUCGUGAAACCGACGUGUUCCUAACAUCAGGUGGGAACCAGGCGCUGCAUGUGUCAUUGACCGUACUCGCGACGCCAGGCUGCAACAUUUUGCUGCCGCGUCCAGGGUUCCCUUUGUAUGAGUCUGCGUGCGAUCUCCUCGGAAUUGAGCCCAGAUAUUAUACCCUGCAACCAACUCGAUCGUGGGAGAUUGAUCUUGAUCAGGUUAAAUCUAUUGCAGAUUCGAAUACGGUUGGAAUUGUGGUUAUUAAUCCUAAUAAUCCUUGUGGAGCUGUUUACUCCUCAAACCAUCUUCAUCAGAUAGCUGAAACUGCAGCAGCCUUGAACAUUCCUCUUAUCGCCGAUGAAGUUUAUGCACAUAUGGUCUUUCGAGGUAACAAGUUUGUUCCAAUGGUCACUUUCGCUCACUUGGCACCCAUCAUCAACAUAGGAUCAUUCUCAAAACGCUGGAUGAUUCCUGGUUGGCGUUUCGGAUGGGUAGCCAUAUGUGAUCCUCGCGGAUCUCUUAAACAAGUGAGGAGUGCAAUGGAGAUGCUUAUGAAUGUGUCUUCAGGUCCAGCUUCAGUGAUUCAGGCUGCAGUUCCUGCUAUUCUAUCAGAUCCCCAUGAAAAAUUUCACAACAAUGUGCUUACCAUACUCGAGUCCUCAGCAAAUACACUUUAUGAGAGAAUUAAUCAGAUAAAAGCACUGAAGUGUCACUCAAGACCUCAAGGCUCCAUGUUUAUGAUGGUUGAGAUAGAUACAAGCCAUCUUCUUGGAAUCAAUAAUGAUAUGGAGUUUGCUAAGGAGUUGAUGAGAGAAGAAUCUGUUCUGGUUCUACCAGGUGCUGUAAUUGGUUUGAAGAACUGGGUGCGGAUAUUCUUCGGAGCUCCAAGUAACCUCUUAGCAGAAGCUUGUGACAGGAUCAAGUCAUUCUGUGAGAGGAGAUGGUCACGAAGUUGAUCUCUUAGUUAAACCGAUAAUCAUACAAAUCAUAUGUUCAUGGAUUUUCAAUCCAAUAAUAUGUUAUAAUUCCUCGAUAAAAGGCUGAAGUUUCUUUACUCAAAUCUUACUUGGAGUUUAAAGAGGAAUGUACGUCUAGUAAUUUGUCGAUCUCUUAGUUUUUUUCAUUUUAUUGUUUCUUCUUACUUUGAUUUUAUGGGUGUGUUCUUGAUUGAUGCAA